CCCUUUCUGUGUCCCGGCAGCUCCAAGGAGGGGCCUAUAAAUGGCGGGAGAGAUUCGCUCCCAAAUUUUCCCCUUCCUGGAGAGUUGCAAGCCAAAUCGUUCUAGGGCACCGAUCUUGCGAAUUUCCCAAUCAAGGAUUUCUGUGCUUCUCCAAUAAGUCUGUUUAUGCUUUUCAUUAAUUUAUUUUUUAUUAUUUUCCAAUCUUAUUUUUCGAUUUCAAGAUUCCGGAAAAGUAAGAUUAAUCUCCCGCGAGGGUCCGUGCGUCGAGAAAUUUUGCUACAUUUGUUUUUCCAGCCAUCUCUCUCUCUCUGUCGCGUUCGGCUGUGAAUGACGGUCGACGUUUGAUUGUUGAUUCCCAAUGCCUGGUGAUUCAGUCUUUUUAUUCGGGGCGCUUGGUUUUCUAGGGUUUGCUGGUCCCGGGGCUGGAGGUUUUUCCGUUGUUUCUGGGUUAAAAUGUGAUUGAGAAGAUUGGGGAGAGGGGAUUUAAUGAUGUUUCGUUUAGUCGCUUAGCUGAACACAGGAGAUUUUUGGGUUUAGGGUUAGGUGUUGAAUCUGGGCAACUCCCCGAGGGGGUUUGAGGUGGUGUAAUCACAUGGAGAGUGGGGGAGGAUUGGUGACGUCGGCAGGGCACAGCUCCUCAUCGUCCGUUCCGUCCUUGCAGUCUUCAAGGAAGGAAUGGAAGGCCAACAACGACCAUGCGCUUCGCGAUUCUGGUGUCCAGGAGUUGGAAAGAUCGAAGUUGAGCCAAUCGGAUGAGAAGACGAUUUAUGAGGUGCAGCAAGGAACUGGGCCUCUGGAUGUUGAUUUUUGUUCGAUUACUAUAGAUAAUGGGGUGCACGAUGAUCCAUUGCAGCAGAGACUUCGUGAUGUCACCAGACAGAGAGAAGAACUGCAACAAAUGGAAAUUGAACUCAGGGCUCGGGUUAUUGCUGGGACAGAAAUUAUGGAAACGCGCAAAAGUUUUGAGUCUCAACUCAAGGACCAUGCUGAAGCCUAUGCUAACCUGAAGGAGCAACUCCAAGAAAGAGAAGAAUUCAUUCGUGAGUUGGAGAAGAAGAUGGAAGAUAUGGAUAGAGAGCUUCGUGCAAUUAAACUUGACAAUGAAAAAGCAUGGGCCAAGGAGGACCUUCUUAGGGAGCAAAAUAAAGAGUUGGCGACCUUUAGAAGAGAACGUGAUAAUUCUGAUGCUGAAAGAGCCCAACAUAUUACACAAAUACAUGAGCUCAAAGCACAUAUCCAGGAAAAGGAAAGGCAGUUUCUUGAGUUGGAGGAACAGCAAAGGGUUGCCCAAGAAACAAUCAUGUACAAGGAUGGCCAACUUAGAGAGGCACAAACUUGGAUAGCCAGAGUCCAAGAAAUGGAUGCAUUUCAGUUGACUGCCAAUCACUCAUUGCAAGCAGAACUUCGUGAACGUACUGAUCAAUAUAAUCAGCUUUGGUUGGGUUGCCAAAGACAGUUGGCAGAUAUGGAGAGGCAUCACAUGCAAACUGUACAGCAACUUCAAGCUGAAUUGGCAGAGGCACGUGAACGGUGUGGUGUCUAUAAUGAAGAUGUUUCAGUGGCAAGAGUUAAUGAAAAAGAUUCUUCUCAUUAUGUACAGAAGAAGGGCAACCAAUUUGAUGUGAAGGGUGGUGCUGGUUCUAGUUCUAACUCUAUGGUUCUGCCAAAUGGGAACACAGAAAGUUCACCGUCUUUUGCUUCAGCCACUAACAUAUCGCCCAAGCUUGAUCAUGCACCUGCAGUUACAGUUGUUCCAUCAUCUGUUUAUGGCAUGAAUGCUUUUGUUCCACCUGGGCAUGUUCCUCCUUUACAUCCAUACAUAAUGCACCAAAGUGGUAUCCCACACGCGGUACCAUCAGCAAAUUCUCAUAUUUCUCAGUCUCAAAUAGGGCAUUAUAGGCCGGUGGCUUCUGUUCAGUCAAAUCAAUACACAAUGGAACAACAGGCAGUUCCAGAGAACUCAAAGAUAUCGAGCCAGAACCAGCAACUUCCUGCUUCCCAAAUGGAGCAGUCUUCUCUUGUAUCACCUAUUUGUUUUGAGUACGAACCUUCAUCAGAAACACAUGGUAACGAUACUGAUUAUCUGACAUCUCAGCAAGGCCCUUCCCAAGCUGCUGUUACCGUGGGUGUCACUGUAUCUGAGGAAGGACAGGAACAAGAUCAAGCUCAGUCUGUCAAGGAGGAGUCCCAUUUUCAUGACUCCAGCUUGAAGUCAUCCGAACCCGUUAGUGUGAAAGAAAAGACUUUCUCUGAGCAUGAAGUUCUGCAGCAACAAGAUGCACCAAUCAGAAGGGAUCCAGCUAAUCCACUUCCACAGGGUCAGUCUGCAAGUUUCCUGGACAGGAUUAGCCAUGUAAAAGGGGAGCAAGCUUUAACAGUUGAGCAGCUGAGGGCAAGUUCUACUGUGCCCCAUUCGGGUGCUUCACCUCAAGCUUCUGGUUAUGAGAACAUCACAGAGAGCAAGGAAGGCCAUAUAGUCCCGUCUGAAGAGCGACUUUUAAGUUCUGUGCCUUCAGGUACUCAGAUGUCUGGGAAAGUUUUGGAACCUGCCCUUCUGGAUGAAAAAUCACUAUUGGCAUGCAUUGUCCGAGCUAUACCUGCUGGAAAUAGUGGUCAUAUACGCAUUAGUACAACUCUGCCUAAUCGCCUUGCAAAAAUGCUCGCACCACUUCAUUGGCAUGAUUAUAAGAAGAAAUAUGGAAAGCUUGAUGACUUUAUGGCCAACCAUCCUGAAUUAUUUGUAAUUGAAGGAGAUUUUGUUCAUCUACGCGAAGGGGCACAAGCAAUUAUUUCAGCAACCACAGCUGUUGCAAAAGUUGCUGCAGCAGCUGCUGCUUUACCAUCUAGCUCAGCAUGUUUGUCAACUGUUUCUGUUACUCCAGCUGCUCAGAUUCAACGUCUCAGGAAAGCUUCAUCUUUUGUUCCAAAAUCUGGUAGUGGCAUUUCAUAUGCAGAACAUGCAGCUCAACCUGAUGGCAAUGAUGCACGCUUUAACCAAUCUUACCCCUGGACAUUACAAAAUCAGGAGGUAAAUGGUGUUUCUUGCGAUAGGCUUCAAGGAACAAUGGGUCCCAAUAUAAAAAUUUUGAGCAAUAGAAAGGAUGGCUUGGUUCAAAAUGGCCAUGUCAAGGAAGCAAGGCAUGAAAAAGCAAGUUCGCAUGACAAUGUUGGGAGAUUAGAAAAUUCUGGAAAAGCUAGUUUGAUUGAUUUUCAUAGCACAGCAUCAAUGAAUGAAAGGCGUGGAGCGAAACAAAUAGGAAGGGUUGCUGGGCCUGGGUUGACUUCCAGAAGAUGAGGGAUAAGGUGGAGGUCAUGGGGUCGUACUUGAUCGCUUGAAGAUGUAUCAUCAUUAUUUCUUGGCUGUAGGGAUGAUUAUUUUCCUGGUGGCAAGAUACCCAUUAUUGUUUCUUGAAGGAGCAAGAUCGGAUAUCAGGCAAGGAUAUCUUGUCGAAGCCCUACUUGUCUUGACAUUGUUUUCUUAAUUGAAAAAAAGUUUUGAUCCAUGGUUA